AUGAACACUCCGAAGCUUGUUAGCCCCCUCCCCGGGGAGACAUUGUUUGUGUACUUGGCCAAAUCAGAUUAUGCCCUGAGUGCGGUUCUUGUUGCGGAAGGAGAUGAAGGCCAAGUACCUUUCUAUUUUGUCAGCCAUGCCCUAAGGGGGGCUGAAACCCGGUAUACUCUCAUAGAAAAAGUGGUGUACGCUUUAGUGAUGGCAAGUAGGAAGUUAAAGCCAUACUUUCAAGCACACCCGAUCAAAGUCCUCACCAGCCAACCAAUCAAGAAAGUGUUAGAGAGCAAAAAUCAUGCAUCCCAAAUGACGGAUUGGUCGGAUCAGUUAGCUGAUUUCGGAAUUGAGUUUGAGCCCCGGAAGGCCAUCAAGGCCCAAGCCUUAGCCGACUUUAUAGCUGAAUGCGCUCAUAGGCCUACUCCAAUAGACACCUCCACCCCUUGGGCUCUUUAUGUGGAUGGGUCGUCUAGUAAGGCAGGGAGUGGAGCUGGGCUAGUUAUCAUCUCCCCGGAGGGAGAAAAUUUUGAAUAUGCAGUCAAGUUUUCUUUCCAUGCAUCAAAUAAUGAAGCUAAGUAUGAGGCUCUUAUGUUGGGGCUAAACUUGUGCCAAUUCAUGAAGAUAAAAUCCGUUCAAAUGUGUUCAGACUCACAGCUCAUAAUGGGACAAAUGGCAAAGGAGUUUGAAGUGAAGGAGGAAAACAUGAAAGCCUAUUUUGAAAAGGCUGAAAGCUUGACAAGAUCGUUUGACAACUUUGAGAUCAGGCACAUCCCCCGCUCGGAGAAUCAGCAAGCUAAUGCUCUUGCCCGAUUAGCAAGCUUGGCUGAGGGGAUAGCCCCCCGAAAUAUCAUGUGGGAAGUAUUAGAGAAGCCAAGUACCCAAAAACUUGCUGUCAUGGAUAUUGAUAGAGGGGAAACUUGGAUGGACCAAAUCAUUCAAUACUUAAAGGGGGAGCUGCCCGAGGAUACCCUCGACUUCAAAAUGAUCAAAAAGCGGAGUGAGUGGUUCUUACUUCAUGAUGGGGUCCUCUACAAAAAAUCCUUUACUCAUCCUUUGCUGAAGUUCAUAACCCCGGAGGAGGGGAAUUACGUCCUUAGAGAAAUUCAUGAAGGGGCAUGUGGUAGCCAUCAGGGUGGAAGUACCAUAGCUUGA